CCCCUCACGCCGAAAAAGAAAAACGCAUUUCACCUCGACCAAUCAGCAGGCGAGCUCCUCGCAUGUGUGUAUUGUUUAAACUGGCCAAAGCAAACGAGCAGUGCGAGCACACAAACUUCCACACGGAGACAUGGCGGCCGUUAGCUCAGCUGCCAAAGACGAGAAAUCCUUCACUGGUGCCAAUUUUGCCCCGAAUCCACUCUAUACAGGUUACGACCAAACAGGCGAACAUGAAAACUGGGAGUAUGAAACUGGCAAACAAGUUGAAUCGGACGCGGUCGAUGAGGGUUCCCAAGCGGGUAGCGACUGUUCGCGACGGCUCGAUGAUGAACUGACGGCCCUCAGUCCAGAAGAGAUUGCCAGCCGUUUGGAAAGAACGAGAAGAGAGUUUUAUAAUCGGCGAAAAAUAAUAAUAAAGAACCUCCCCGUCGACAUCAGCAAUCAGGAGGUGCAUGAGCUGUUAAGCAACUAUGAUUUGAAGUACUGCUUUGUGGACAAGUACAAAGGGACAGCCUUCGUGACGCUACUGAACGGGGAGCAGGCCCAGUUUGCAAUAAAGGAAUUUCACCAGUAUGUUCUCCGUGACCGUGAGAUCUCUGUGCAGCUGCAGCCGACGGACGCUCUGCUAUGCAUCGCCAACCUUCCCAGGGCUUUCACCCAGCAACAGUUUGAGGAGCUCGUUCGUCCCUUUGGAAACAUUGAGCGCUGCUUCCUGGUCCACAGUUCUGCCACGGGCCACUCGAAGGCCUAUGGCUUUGUGGAGUACAUGAAGAAGGACUCGGCAGCCAGGGCGAAGUCAGAGCUGCUGGGGAAGCAGCUUGGGUCACGUAUGCUGUACGUGCAUUGGACAGAGGUUGGAUCGCUCACGUAUCCCAUGCUGCAGUCUCGCUGCCUCUGUGUUGACCGACUACCUCAAAACAUCCUCACCGCUCAGGAUCUCCGCAGUGUGUUGAUCGACACGCACGUUCCUAUAUUCUGCCAGAUUGCUCAAGGUCAGGACUGUAGUUUUCGACGGUUUGCAGUGCUGGAGUUCUCCACACCUGAGAUGGCUGAGGACGUGCAGCGGCUCACUGAUGGGAGAUCUCUGGGUGGGACUCGUAUACGUGUGUCUUUCUGCGCCCCUGGACCACCUGGAAGGAGCAUGUUAGCUGCCCUCAUUGCCGCCCAGACCAUGGCCUUGAACCGAGGGAAAGGUCUCCUUCCUGAACCUAAUGCCAUACAGAUUCUUACUGGCCUCAAUAACCCUGCCACGCUGAAGAUGAUGAUGGCGUCCCUCAACCCGGGACAUAAACAAGGACUUCUGGGAGCUGCGCCCGCCGUACCUCUGCUUGCCAACCCUGCCCUCUCAGCUGCCCUCAUGCAGAUGCUGCUCCAGAACCAAGUCCAACAGCAAGCUCUUUUAGGGAAUCCUCUUCUUUGGGCUCAUAUUCUGCACAAUAAAGAGUGCAGUCUCCUUCCUUGUGCUGGAUUGCUGAGUGAAAAUCCUCUAGCUGCUCUUCCUCUCCAACAAGGCAUUAACAUGCUGGGAGAAAUGUCUCAAGGUGCUAUUGCUCCAACACUGGGCUUGCAGAAUGAGCCUCUUGGCCCCAUCAAACAACCAUCCCUGAGUCGACCUCUUGGGAGAGAAACCGAGACCCCAGCCACCCCGAUUGGCUUUCCCCCAGCAUCCUCUCCUGCACUGCAGGGAUUGAGCAUGUCCCUCCUAGCUGGAAUGUUAGGAGCAGAUGGGCCGACUCUACCGGGGGCGUCAAUAUUGGGUGAGCCUCCCAAAGAAGUUGGUGUGUCCCAGAACCCCUUUCUCAGUGCUCCUAGCAUAUUCCCAUCUUCAGGUGCCAGCAACAGAGCUCACCCCUACAGGAAGAAAACUGCAAUUGGAAGCGCGUCUAACCAGCGCACAAACCACAGCAUCCACUCGAACUAUAGCCUGCGCUUCCAAGAGUCAUGCACACCAGAGUUUCCUCUUCUGCACCAGGACCCUUUGUCGCACUUGUAUGAACAGCAGGAGGUUCUGGAAAAUGCAGCUAUUCCCGGUUACGGUUUGCAGCUCUCCAGGCACGCAGGCUUUGGUGAUGCAGGGUCUCCUUUCAGCUAUCCACCCAGCUCCCCACAGUCUUAUUUCAGCUUUGGUGCCCAUACCGGCAUCCCAUCCACCCAGCUCAAUAAGGCUGUUGGAAUGCCUCCAGUGACUCAUUCCAGCCUAUUUCCUGCUGCACCUGGUGCUGGUAUGAAGACUCCCAUCGGCGGGCAGAAGCGUCUGUUCUCCCGCCUCAUCCCGUCUCCAGAGCCCAGUCCAGAGGGUGGCUACGUAGGUCAGCACUCUCAGGGUCUCGGGGGACACUAUGCCGACUCCUACCUGAAACGCAAACGCAUCUUUUGACCAGCACUUGAUGGCUUCCUCUGAACCGCCAGCUUUUAAAGGGAUUGCUACUUUAAUACCAUCUUUAAGUGUGUGUUUGUGUGAUAGCGGUGGGCCGUCAUUGAGGUCACUUGAGUUUGAGCAGUGGAGGACCCGGAAGCUCAGAUGAUCGGUCAUGGAUGAUUGCCGAAGUUUGUGUAUAUAUAAUUUCAAUGUGUUUGUAAAUACUUUAUUUUUUUAUUUGCCUUUUUAAUUUUGUUUUUAUUUUAUUUUUGUAAACCCAAAGAACCAUAAUGAAAGGAAAGGGUUCCUGUCUUGCUCAUCUAAAUAGUCAUAUUUUGUAGGCUUUUUUUUUAUUUAGAUUUAUUUUGAAUAAUUUUAAGCAGGAAGAUUGCCUUUUUCUGCUACGCCUCUUGUUAGUUGUGUAUAUAGUUGUUUAGUUGUCUAAAAAGGCUUCUCCACUACAAACACUUCCUCUCACACACAAGUGCCGAGCCUUACAUGCUUCGGAUAUCAUGCAUCUCUGCAACGGAUAUGGUAGCUGUCUGUUCUCUUCAGUGAGUCACCUGUUUGUGUCUUUAUGGGGAGCUCUGGGUUAGUGUUAGUCUCGAAAUAGUUUUCCCCCACCACGCACCGUAUUCGUGUUGCACUACUUUCCAUCCUUUCAUCCCAUUUUACAGAGUCAAGGUUUUCUGAGCUGAUUGUUCAGCGUUGCACUUGGAGGAGAUGGAUCAUGUAUAUUCAUCCUCCAGAAUCUGUCCUUUCCUCACCCGUAAUGCUCGUUCACGCUCAUUCUUGUUGUUCUGCCUGCUUUCACGCCUCUCUUUGACCUCGUUCAACCUGCACAGUUUUGCUGUUGCGAAGCGUUAGCGUCUCGGCCGUCACGUUAUGAAGCCCCAGCUGGUUGGAGAUGGACCAUGGGCUGCCGUUCUCCCCUCUCCAGGCUCCGAGUACUGCUGGAAGCACAGUAUGCCUGCUGUUGCUUCUGUGUUUACACACAUUCUCCUAGUGUCCUCCGUUAGGUGCCUCUCCACUGCAGACCAGCAGAGGGAGCCAGUUAGCUUUUCAGUUGGCACUGCUCCAUGUUUUUUUUUUUCCUAUAAUUUCUUUUAAAACGAGCCAACCUUCUGAAGCAGGCCGGACCUGUGCCCUAGCGUGACAUUUACUUUUACCGUUGUAACUGUGACCAUUUUUUCCCCGUCUGGUUUUAACUGCUGUGCCCCAGAUGGGAAGAAGCUUCUGCUGACUGGAAUGUGAUUGACGUAUGAUUGACUACUUGGUCUAUGUGUGUGUGACUUAUUAAUCUGGUUGACAUUUUGAUUUGUGAUAACACAUUACCUCUGACUUGUACUGCGGCUUACGAUGGAACAUGGAGUUACUCAUGUGCCUAAAAACGGCAGUGUUUACUGUAAUCUCUCCAUACUGUGAGCCUCAACUACAUCUGACUGUUUAUUUGCAGUGUACAUGCUUGAGUUUGAUUAUAUUUCUCUGGAGUCUUGAACUCGUGUUCUUAUAUUUCUUCUAGUCUGUAAUGGUAUCGAAAUUGCUGCUCUGUAUUUUGUUUCCAUCUGAGUGAAGUUGCACAGUGCAGUGUCUUGUAAAUGAUUUUUCAUGUGCGAUACAUGGUAAGAGCUGCUGCUGUGUGAAAUGAACUGAUGUUAAAUGACCUCUUCAUCCCCCAAUUACUCUUUCCUUUUGUACAGCUCUGUUUUUGUGACAUUUGAACAAGUAAAUGUUAUUUAAGUUCACCUUCA